UUGGAAAGUUAAGCAACGCUCUACGCCUAUGCUAUGUUCUAUCGCUCUGUGGAAUGGCAGUCUGAACGACUGGAAAAAUCCAUGGAGCUAUGCUGUGCAGGUGGAUUCUGCCAAGCAAGUUAGAUCCUGCAAGGCAGUCAAGCUUAUUCAGAAUAUCGACGGUGUAAAACACCGUAUUAUUAAACAUGUCUGAUUUUGAGGAAUUCGAAAAACAGCUGAGUGAAAACCGACAGGAGAGAGAGAAGGAGAGACACAAGAAGAGGAGCCGCAGUAGGUCUCAGAGUCGCAAUGAUAAACAUCGCAGCUGGAGCAAAGACCGGGGCAGUCGUAGCCGAGAGAAGCGCAGCCGCAGUCGUGACAGGAAGAGCCGGGAUCGUAGGAGUACCUCGCGGGAUCACAGGAAGCACAGCUUUUCUCCAAGAAGUACGAGAAAGAAAAGGACCUGCAAAUACUGGGAUGUGCCACCUCCUGGCUUUGAACACAUUACACCAUUGCAGUACAAAGCAAUGCAAGCGGCAGGGCAGAUACCAUCGAUAGCCCUGCUGACAUCAUCGAUCACAAGUGAGGUUGCAGUAACUCCAACCCAAGUGCCGAUAGCUGGCAGUCAGAUGACCAGGCAGGCUCGACGCCUUUAUGUUGGCAAUAUUCCUUUCGGCGUGACCGAGGAGUCAAUGGCUGAGUUCUUCAAUGCCCAAAUGAGGUUGGCAGGACUUUCGCAAGCCCUUAGCAACCCUGUGCUGGCUGUGCAGAUAAAUCAGGACAAGAACUUUGCAUUCCUAGAGUUCCGUUCUGUGGAUGAGACCACACAGGCCAUGGCUUUUGAUGGAAUCAUUUUCCAAGGUCAAUCGUUGAAGAUUAGACGACCACAUGAUUACCGACCUCUCCCUGGCAUUUCAGAGCAACCUGCCUUUCACGUCCCAGGUGUCGUCUCCACAGUGGUACCUGACUCCCCACAUAAACUGUUUAUUGGAGGUCUACCUAACUAUCUCAAUGAUGAUCAGGUGAAGGAGCUCUUGACGUCCUUCGGACCACUUAAAGCAUUCAACCUUGUCAAGGACAGUGCCACGUCACUGUCCAAGGGUUAUGCCUUUUGUGAAUAUGUUGAAAUCAGUGCAACUGACCAGGCGGUGGCUGGGCUCAACGGUAUGCAACUGGGUGACAAAAAGCUAAUCGUCCAGAGGGCAAGUGUGGGGGCCAAAAACGCCAAUCAGGCGGCCAUCAUCGAGACCCCGGUGAUGCUGCAGGUGCCCGGGCUGCAGCGGCUGCAGAACUCUGGGAUACCCACGGAGGUGCUCUGCCUGCUCAACAUGGUGAUGCCUGAGGAGCUGAUGGACGACGAGGACUAUGAGGAGAUCCUGGAGGACAUCAAAGAGGAGUGCUGCAAGUAUGGUAGCGUGCGCUCCAUCGAAAUCCCUCGGCCCAUCGACGGAGUUGAGGUCCCCGGCUGUGGCAAGAUCUUUGUGGAGUAUGUUUCAGCUGCAGACUGUCAGAAAGCCAUGCAAGCCCUCACUGGACGGAAGUUCGCCAACAGAGUGGUGGUCACCAAAUACUUUGAUUCAGACAUGUAUCAUAGACACGACUUCUGAGGGUAAUGGGUUAUAAGGAAGGAAUCCCUGGAAUUAGCUGGGACCUCCCAUUUCCUGCUUCCUCAAACCUGGUUUCAACACUUCAGUAAUGGCAAGUAUUGUGUGUUCUCUCUCCCGUAUUUACAGCUAGUAUGUUGUAACCCUAUCCUCAUUUACUACAGUAAUACAGAUUUAGAAGAAUGGAAACUAGAUUUUUAAAUGACUCUUUUAGACUGCCCCUAUCUGAUGUCUUCUAUAUUAUACCAAUGAAUAAUCUUUGUGCAGUGAAUGAAUCUUGUUAGAAAUGUAUUCAAAACUAUUCAUGCUCUUUGUGUUAAAUUGCCUUUUCAGAAGUAGUAUGAAUAUCACUUGUACUUAGAUCUAAAAUCACGUCAAUAAAACAAAGCCAGAGUACUGUAACUGUCAAUGAUA